AUGAAUAUGGCUCAUGGCCAAGACAUGCCCAUGUCUGAAGGCACAAGCAGUAGCAAGAUAAAGAUGCACAUGAGCCUCUAUUGGGGCAAAGAUGCCAUUGUACUCUUCUCUGAGUGGCCUAAUCACAGUGUUGGAAUGUACAUCUUAGCCAUCUUGAUGGUGUUUUUCCUUGCAAUGAUUGCUGAGGUUAUCUCCAACAAACCCAUCAUCAAACAUGGGACCAACCCCAUCAUAGGAGGGUUGGCUCAAACAACCUUUUACCUCUUCCGUAUAAGUUUCCUUUACUUGGUGAUGCUAGCUGUCAUGUCCUUCAAUUUGGGAAUCUUCGUAGCUGCUGUGGCUGGCCAUACCUUGGGGUUCUUUUUUGUCAAAUAUCAUGCUCUCUUUGUUGCCAACAAAGAACAACAAGGGUCCUCCACUACUCAAAAAGUUUAA